AUGGAAUUCGUUGCUCUGGACUGUCUGGAAGGUGACAUUGUGAGCAGCAGUUCCAUCCAGUCCAACAAUGAAGGCGUCGAUUUCCCGCCAGAAGAUGUCAAAUUCACUCAUCCUCAUUCCACUAAAAAAGAAACUAAACGAUUCCUCCACAGCAGUUUACUUCCUCAUAGUCACGAGGAGAUGUCUGAUUUGACUGUUCGCGGUGAGAAGCGAUCAAUUCCAAGGUUGCCCAAGUUGUCUUUGAUUCUGGAUGAAGACGACACGCUCGGACUUACGUGCCCUUCUCGAAGCUGCAUAGCGCAUCAAAUUCCACGUGAUUGCUCAGCCAGAGAUCAAAACAAGAAGAAGCGACAUGAGACAGAUGAACGAAGCGCUGGACGAUCAAGCGAUGGGCUCAUAAUAUGUGAAGACAUUAGCCUAUCCACUACAAUUGAUGCACCACUAGGAAACGAAUUUUCCACUGCCAUCUCCUCACCAUGCGCCAUGGAAAGGAGGUACGAGGAGGGGAUAUCGCCGAAGCUGUUCACAGGGCAAGAUAUGAAAACAAGGAUGAGAACAGCGUGGGCAACUUUCGCUCCCGUCAGGGAAGCUACAGGCCAACUUGCGGACCAACAGCUCCGUUCCCAUCUGUUCUUCCAGUGCUUUGUUACAGUGGAGACGUGGGCAGACACGGAUGUCCGUGACGUGUCUAGGAAGAGAAUUGUUCCAAAUUCUCUUGGAGCUGCGAAUAUCUUCCCCAGAGGAACCGAGGGAGUCCCUCCUCAGCCGAAAAUCGACAUGGCAGGUCUGAAACGAAGAACGAAGGAUGCAGAACGAAAUUCUGCCAACGUCUGCCUAUUCACAAUGGAGUACAGACCAGGAAGAAGCUUUGCAGAUUCCUUCACAAAGUGCAUGCAGGACGCUGCAAUGCAAACACUCCCGGUUCGCAAGAAUUUUGCCUUUAGAACAGCGGAGACAAGAUCCAAGUACAAUUCUGUUCGUGUCGCCCGCAUCCGAAUGGAUCUCAAAAGCGAACGAGUUUGA